GCAUAAUAAAACCUAGUCCAUGUCCACAAGUGAAUUAUCUCAGUGAUUUCCACAGUUUAUGGUGACCAACUGAAAAUUGCUAGUUUUUAACGUCUUGGUAGUGAAAUGAAGAUUACAGACAGUAAUGUGAUUCGAUUUCACCUUCAAGUUCUUUAUGGGAUUUCUGUAAAGAACUUUGAGAAGAAGAAAGGAAGACUGAUCUGCAGUGGAGCAAAGGUGUUUGGGGUCCCUCUGGAAAAUGUAGCCAGAAAGUACAUUCCAGAAUUUGGUCUUGUACCCUGCUUCUUAGUGGAUGCUUGCUCUUUUCUGUUGGAUCGUAUUUGUACUGUCGGCCUGUUCAGAAAACCAGGCUCUCUUCAUCGCAUCAAGGUCCUAAGGGCUAAGUUGAAUCAUGGGGAGGAGUCCCUGUCCACCGCUCUCCCCUAUGAUGUUGCCACCCUCAUCAAACAGUUUUGCAGGGAGCUUCCAGAGCCACUCUUCCCCUCUGAGCUCCAUGUAGCCCUGCUAAAAGCCCAGGCACUGUCCAACCUGCAGGACAGGAUGGCAGCCCUUCAGCUACUCUCCUGUUUGCUUCCAGCCAAAAAUUCCUCCUGUCUACAUUAUUUGUUUGAUUUUGUUCACAAAGUUUCUCAAAGAUGCUCUGACAACUUGAUGACCAGCACCAAUCUGGCCACAGUUUUUGUUCCCUGUCUCUUACCACCCCCAAACAAAACAGAAAUGUCUGAAGGACGACUUGAACUUCGAGUUCUUGUCCUGCGCAACUUCGUGGAAUGUCCUCAUUUGUUUGGUGUUAUUCCCAAAGCUGUUCUAGACAGCAUGGAGUAUUUUAUGAAUAUCCAUCAUCUAAGAGAUGUGUUCAAGAAGAAGGGAAACCAGAAGAGACACAGUUUAAAAGUAAAACGAUAUGUGAAGACGGUGUCCUGGGUUCAGGGUAAACCAAAGGUAAGUCCUACUCUUCCAACUCAAAGCUCUAUGUCAGGAGAUGGACCAAAGUUGAAGAGAAGCCUUGGCCUGAGAAUGUUCCCCAACAUCCAGCUGUUUAGGACUUGUAUGCCUAAUGCAGUUACAAAUGCAGUGCCUUGCAAAUAUCCAUACUCCUUGAACAUUACCCAUAUUUUGUUAUGUAUGGCAACUCCUUCGGUCUACGCGUUCAAGAUGACAGAGAUGGGACCCUCGGUUCGGCUCUCUUUAUUCGGUAUACUGCUGUGCCUGCAGCUCGGCAGAGCCCCAGCCCGCAAUCCCCGCACGGCGGUGGACCAGGUGUCAGAGGCCGACAUCCAGCGGCUGCUGCAUGGCGUCAUGGAGCAGCUAGGCAUCGCUCGGCCCCGGGUGGAGUACCCUGCACAUCAGGCCACAAACAUCGUCGGGCCUCAGAGCAUACAGGGUGGUGCUCAUGAAGGCCUGCAGCACCUGGGUCCUUAUGGCAACAUCCCCAACAUUGUGGCUGAGCUGACAGGCGACAAUGUUCCCAAAGACUUUAGUGAUGACCACAGCUACCCAGACCCUCCAAAUCCUUGUCCCCUGGGAAAGACAGCAGAUGGAUGCUUGGAACAUGCUCCUGACACAGCUGAGUUCAGCAGGGAGUUUCAGAAACACCAGCACCUCUUUGACCCCGAGCACGACUACCCAGCUCUGGGAAAGUGGAACAAGGAGCUUUUAUACCAAAAGCUGAAGGGAGGACCAAAGAGAAGAAAAAGGAGCAUCAACCCCUAUUUACUGGGUCAGCGGCUGGACAAUGUGGUCGCCAAGAAAUCUGUUCCCCAUUUCUCAGAGGAAGAUGAGGAAGAAGCAUCGACCACCGCAGCUCCCAGUAAACCCACUAUCUGAUAUUUGGGAAUUCAAACUCGGAAGAUGUAUUUCUCUCAAAUAAAUGUUUUUACGCUGCACAUUUAAGGAUUUCUAUCACUCGUCACAGGGAUCGUGUUUUUGGAAUAAAUGCUGGAAGUGUUGUUUAUUUUCAUAUAUUUCAGCAUAUAAACCAGCCCUGAUCUUGUGAUGCACCUAAAGUAUCUUAAUUUUUAAACAUGAAGCUAAAAAAUAAACAAUUGGUUAUAAAAACUUAUUUUUCAGUGAAACAAUGAAAACAUGAUCCUAAUGCUCUGUUGUGGAACAUUUAAUCAGAACUUUAGUAACAGUCUGUUUUUAACUCUUUUGGCAAAUGCUUUUAUGAAGAAAAUACGUCAAGCUUUAAACAGGACAAUAUUUCAAACUUUGAGCUUGAAACUACAUUUAAAAAGAAAAUAAAGGUAUUCAUACAUCCUUUCACAGAUAAAGAUUGAUGCCAUUUAAAGUCACUUGUACCAAUUUUAAUUCUAAGAUUCCACAAUUACAGAUUCAACCCAAAAUGUGUAGAGAUAAAUAUUUAUCUACCAGUGUAAAGUAAAUCUGCUUCUGUUUUAUUAGAUGUAUAAAGACAUAUUGAUCUGGAGGUUAAAUCAUAAUGUAUUUAUUAACAGCUGUCCAGAUAACAGUUUUACUCACAUUUUGUUAAAUUUUAAUGUCCCAACAUGAUUCUCUUGUCUCAUAAGUUCAUAUCCCUAAAUCUUGCUUUGUUAUUUAAAAGAUGCUUAUGAACAUCUUGACUGUAGCAUGGCAAAUAUUUGAAGUAUAUUCUGCAGCUGGGAUUCUCUGCAGCGACUUAUCUUGUUUACUGCAUCUUGUCAAAAUGUUUGUGUUCUGUUUUUGUUCUGUAAAGUCAAAUAAACGACUUAUCUGCA